AUGUCAAUGUGCUACCAACUCACAGUGAGCAAGAAUGCCACACAGUAUCCUUAUUUACUUCAUGCUGCCUUGGCUAUGGCCGCCCUGCAGGAUGGAUCUUCCCAACUACUAACAGGUGCCACUUGCUCUGAAGGCAGCCGACAGCAAUACCACUAUCACAGCCAGUGCGCUGCCGCGCUCUUUAAUGAGAGGCUAUCCAAACCGGCCUCCAAGGCGGUCGAUCGUAACGCUAUAUGGACAACGGCAUCUCUCCUUGGAAACAUGACAUCUUUUUUAAUGGAGUCAUGUGAUCCCGAGAUGUCUUGGCCUUUAUCUUCAUCGUCCGCGUACCCUUUUGACUGGCUGGAUAUGCACAUAGGAAUGAGAACUCUCUACAGUCUUUGUGCCCCCAACGAGCCAGGUGGCCUUUUUCAUAGCCUCCUCCAACAUCCAACUUACAACGUCCUCAGGGACAAAUGGAUUGCUGAUACUCGUGAUGGAAUUGAGGGUAUCCCCUCGCAGUUCGUAACUUUGUGUGGCCUGACUCCCAUGUCGAAUGCCCAGAAUUCUCCUUACCAUGCUUCUGUGCGUUUGCUGGCUCAGAUAUGGGAUAUGGAAUCAACACCCCAUACCGCUUUCCGUUUUCUCACCUUCAUAUCUUUGAUGUCCCCUGAGAUGAAAACCUUGUUGGUACAGAAGGAUACCCGGGCAAUGGUUAUCCUCGCUUAUUGGUACUCGAAGAUGUUUCAUGUGCACUACUGGUUGCACCGACGAGCCGUUGUCGGAUGCGCUGCUAUAUGCAUUUAUCUGAAGAGACACCAUUGUUCUGAUUACCUCAUUAUGGAUAUGCUGCAAUAUCCAUUAUCAAAAUUGGGGGAAUUUGAUGCUGGUAUUCCUGCGCUGAAACAAUUGACUGAUGCUGAGUUGAGUCCUGGCACCAGUAUAUGGACAAAUGAUAGUGGAACAGAAGAGUAUUUAUAUCCUUCCAAUUGGGAUCCCUGGUUAUUCUCCGAAGGGACGAAUUCUAUACUGGAAAUAGCAGAGAUAUAG